GAUGCAUUCUCGAGGUUCCAAGAAGCUCAAACUUCUCGUUGGCACGGACAGCAAUGUGAUUGAUGUAUAUGAGGUCCCGCAAAAAAGCAAACUGAAGAGCGACGAAGAGCCCGAACCCACCCGGACCUUUUCGGUCGAAUUGGCUGGCCACAGGAACGACAUCCGAGCUCUCGCCCUCAGUUCUGAUGACCGCAUGCUAGCAUCUGCGUCAAGCGGCAAAGGACCGGCCGGUGGCCUCAAAAUCUGGAAUAUCAAGACUCGAAAUUGCUUACGGACACUCGAAUGCGGCAAGGCGCUAUGUGCAGCUUUCCUUCCGGGCGACAAGAUCGUCGUGGUGGGGACCAAGGAAGGAGACAUUGAGCUAUACGAUAUCGCGGCAUCCUCGCUGCUCGACAAGAUUCCAGCGCACGAGGGCGCUAUUUGGACCUUGCAAGUCCAUCCGGACGGUAAAUCACUUAUCACGGGCAGCGCCGACAAGAGCGUCAAAUUCUGGAACUUUGACAUUGUGCAAGAGGAAAUCCCUGGGACGAAGCGCACGAUGCCUCGUCUCAAACUCGUUCAGUCGCGUAUCCUCAAGGUCAGCGACGAUGUCCUCAGCGUUGAAUUCUCUCCAGACUCUCGCCUCCUUGCCGUCGCCACGCUAGACAAUACAGUCAAAGUCUUCUUCGUCGACUCACUCAAACUCUUCCUUAACUUGUACGGCCACAAACUCCCUGUUCUGAGUAUGUCUAUCUCGAGCGACAGCAAACUCAUCGCAACUUGCUCGGCCGACAAGAAUGUGCGCAUAUGGGGCCUCGACUUCGGUGACUGCCAUAAAGCGCUGUUCGGUCACCAGGACAGCAUCAUGCAAGUCGGCUUCAUCCCACACCCAGUCGAACAAGACGAGAAGCACGUCCUCUUCAGCGCUAGCAAAGACAAGCUCCUCAAAUCCUGGGAUGCCGAUAAAUUUGAGCAAAUCCAAAAACUGAAAGGCCACCAUGGCGAGAUCUGGGCAAUGGCAAUCGCACGGACAGGCGACUUUGUCGUCACCGCUAGCCACGACAAGAGCAUCCGCGUGUGGGCCAAAACAGACGAGCCCCUGUUCCUCGAAGAAGAGCGCGAGCGCGACCUUGAAGAGCUCUACGAAUCCACCCUUGCCACCUCUCUCGACGACGAUCCAACUGACCCAUCCUCCGAAGCCGCUGCCGCCUCCAAACAGACAUCCUCAACCCUUACAGCUGGUGAGCGCAUCCAAGAGGCCCUCGAUCUUGCCCUCGAAGACCAUCACCUUAUGGCCGCCUACAUCCUCCAGAAACAGAAAAGUCCAUCCAUUGCCCCACCACAGCGAAACCCUCUUUUCCUCGCCCUUAAUAAUAUCUCUGCUGAGCGACACGUCCUCUCCGUUCUUUCUUCCAUCCCCGCAUCUGCACUUCACGAUGCCCUCCUGGUCCUACCCUUCUCAACUCUACCCGCUCUCUUCACAUUCCUAUCCCUCUUCUUGAAGAAAGGGUGGAAUACUACGUUGACUUGUCGUGUGCUGUACUUCAUGUUGAAGACCCAUCAACGGCAGCUUGUUGCCAGUAAGGAUCUGAAAGUCAGGUUGGCGAGUAUGCGGGAUGUACUUCGGAUGCGCUUGACCGAGGGCAAGGAUGAAGUUGGAUUUAAUGUUGCUGCCGUAAGGUUUUUAAGUGAGAGAGUUGAUGAAAAGGGCAUUGUUAGGAUUGAAGAUGUGGAAAGGGAGGAGGCGGAGAAAAGGGAAGGAAGGAGGAAGAGGGGUUUUGUAGAUAUUGCUUAAGGUUCGACAUGGAGGUGUAGUGCUUGAAAAAGGUGUAGUUUUCUCCUUACUGUGAUAGGUCUCAAAACGCCAAAUGAUCUUGGUGCAUGUAGCCGU